AUGCAACCAUCAAACCGUAUUUUAUUGAGAUCCACUCGAUCAAUUGAGAAGGAUCUCGAUUAUUGCUAUCAUAAUUCACCAUGUAAAAAUGGUGGUAAAUGCUCCAGCGGUGGUCUUCAGGAUUUCUACUACUGCAAUUGUACAGCUGGUUAUGCGGGAAAGAAUUGCGAAUUGAAGCUAAGUGUGGGUCGAUGUGCGAAUGUCGACUGCGGUAAAUUUGGUAAAUGCAUCGCAAACGGUUUAACCGUGGAGUGUCGAUGUGAUCCCAAUCAUUACGGUCAUCGAUGUGAACUCACCGUGAGAAUACCUGCAAUGGUUCGCGAAAAUGCCUUCCCAUCGGAAAUUGUAGACGGUGAACUUUUAGAAUUAUCAUCAAACUCAGUGGAGAGCGUUUGCAAACUGUCCGAAGACGACUUCAUUCCGUCUGGCUUCGCGUGGACAACAUUCGAUUGCCGACAAUGUGCCUGCUCCAAUGGUUUGAUCAGUUGCACGGAACGAAAAUGUGAAUCACGUGAUUGUCUCAAUAAUGAUCCGUCAACGGGUCAACCGAUUCAGUGUCCUAGAAAUCAGGUACAUUUCUAA